CAGCGCUUGGGGCAUCAUGGCGGGGGAUGGUGGUAAAACGCAUUUAAUUAAUGAGGAUCACAGUGAUCACAGUGACAGUGAUGAGGAUAAGUUCGGAAGCAGUGUGAACGUCUCAGCUGAAGAUAAUCUCCCAGCCAAAUAUGUCUACCCAGGUCAGCCUGUAAGCGGUGUAUUUCCGCCAGUUCCCUCUCCUGCCACAACGACCGUGGGGCCGGAUAAACAUUUCACCCCCGUCUACUACAAGAGGCGAUGGUAUAUCGUUUUUGUUUAUUGUGUGUUUUCCUUAAUUCAGUCAGUGAUCUGGAAUACAUGGGGCCCCAUUACUGUAAGCGCCGAAUAUGUCUUUGACUGGAAUGAUAGGACUAUAGACUUACUGUCUAACUGGGGGCCGAUCUCGUACUUGUUGACGUCGUUAGGGUUCACGUGGAUCAUGGAUGAGAAAGGACUGCGUUGGGCUUGUCUUGCCUCGGCUUUUGUGGUAGCAGUGGGCGCCGCCUUGCGGUGUAUACCAAUGGACCCAAAGUCAGCAACAUGGUUCAUUCACUCUGGCCAGUUCUUGAACGGCAUGGGGUCCACGGUGGGCAGCAUGGCCGGACCCCUGAUUUCCAACACAUGGUUCCCCUUGUCUCAGCGCACCACUGUGACUACCAUUACUUCAAUGUUCACUGUACUCGGUGCCGCCGCGGGAUUCCUAAUAGGGCCAUUUAUCGUCCGAGACCCAAAAUCUAAUACCAGUUCUAACGCCACUGUGAAUCAGACAUGUAAUUUAACGAGAGAAGAGGUGGCAGGAGACAUACACAAGCUAAUGUAUAUAGAGGCUGGGAUCGCAGUGGCAGUAUUCUUAGCCAUAAUUGUAUACUUUCCCGCCAAACCACCCACGCCUCCCAGCGUGACCGCUGCUGAAACCAGAACAAGUUACUUCUCUGGACUGCUGGCGUUAGUCAAAAAACCCCAGGUGUGGCUUAUUGCCACCCCAUACGGCCUCUCGGGUGUUUAUGCCACGUGGAGCUCCGUACUGGGUGUGAACCUUCAGCACCACUCUGAUGUGUCUGAGAAAGAUGCAGCAUUUCUUGGUUUUUGGAGCAUGAUUGCAGGUGUGGUUUUUGCUGUGAUUCUAGCAAGGUUCGCAGACGUUUUCGUGGGGCACUUGAAGGUUCUGGUGUUGGCUUUGUUGGUUCUCGCCACGGCCGCCUUCGCAUGGUUUGCGGUGCUCUUAAAGUUCGUCGAUUUUCACACGCCUGGGUGGAAAGUCAUGAUUUAUGCCGCCAUAAUUCUUGGAGGCAUGUUCCAGUUAGGUUUCCCGUGUCUUUGUUUUGAGUUGGCGUGUGAAGCAAGCUAUCCCGUAGCCGAGGGGAUCACCACUACAUUUCUAGGGAUAAUAAACAAUAUAUUUGCCGGUGCCUUUCUACUCAUUUUCAUGAUUAUUCCGGACGACAAAGAGUUCAUGAACUGGGCGAUGGUCGCCGCGGUUGCUCUCGGAGUACCUGCCACGUGCCUGUACAAGGAGCGAUAUAGCAGGCUGCUACUGGACACUCAGCGUUCAGUGGACAGUGGUCAGCGGAGUGACCACGAUACUGAAAGCUAAAAGUACGACACAGGAGUGUGUGACCGGAAGGUGGACACGGUCGAAGAGAGAUAACUGUGAAUUUAUGAUGGGGAAAAUUACAAUGAUUGUUGCGUUUGGAUAUAGUGAGGCGGGCAACGAAAAAAUGUUCUUUUUUUAACUCUGUCUUCUCAAUUUAUGACUAUUACACUUUUGCAACAUCUCCACGCAUAACAAUAUAAAUGAAUAAGAUGUUCAUUGACACAAUGCAGCGUCAUUACAACAAUAAUCACAAAUGUCUAUUCAGAGGUGCAUGCACAGAUAUUCGUGCAGAGUUUUAAUUUGCACCCAGACGAACUUUUAAUCAUCAUCCAUUUUUUUUACUAAUAUGGAGAUAAUUAUACACAUAUCGGACAAUAAAGACCUACUGCUGUUCUAUAUACAUAAAAGUCCACCUUAGU